GUUGGCGCUUUACGCUAAGGGUGCGCGCGCGCGCUCGCUCGCUCCGCGUUUGGAUUUACACGCUCUCCACGCUUCUUAAGAUCGCGUUUUGUGUAUCACGCACGGUUCCCCAGAACAGACACGAGAUCACACUUCCUCCGUACUGCUGGCAUUAGGCGGAAGAAAGAGAUCUGAUCUUCAAACGAUCCACUUUUAACGAGCGAAAUUCGAAUCAGAGUCGGCAUUGGUAGAUAAAGAAUUAUACUACGAAGUACGGUGGAACGGGGGGUGAAUUUCGCGGAAUUCCCAACCCCCACUCAAAGGUGAGCAGGGUUCGGAGUUGUGAGUUUCAAUGUUGUAGUUCACACACGGUGCAAAUCUGUCAUCGAUCGCUCGUUUAGUGAUCCAAGCUAGGGAAGACCCCUACAAAUGUUGCUUCCGAUAGCGCUAAAAAAUCUUACUCUUUCUUAUCAGUGUAUGUGUGUAUGUGCCUGUGCACUUGUGUUUAUGUGUGUGUGUGUGUGUGUGUGUGUGUGUGUGUGUGUGUACUAAACGCUGUCCAGUGUAGUAAGCUAGCAGCAAAAAGCCAUUCACAAUAAAAUUGCUAUAUUUAUGUGUGUAUCUGUGUGUUUAUAUGUGUAUUUGUAUUUGUGUGUAUGUACAUGUAUGCUGUAUGUUAAUGCCCACCCAGAAGACGUCUGUGUGUAUAUUACUCAUCAAGGUGGAAUUUGGAUUCAAGUAAAAUCGCCAAACCCAUUCCAACCGAAGCACGUUGCAGCAAUGAAUCGCAGUUUGUAAACGGCCUACCCCGAUCUAUGUUUGUGUGCGUGAUGACUGUUACUAUCCUUCCGUGUUGUUGCCUCUCGCUCUCUGUACCAGUUUCAAUGUGGCUUACUGUACUGUAGUAAUGUUUUAUGCUGUAAUGGCUGUGUUCUGUAGCUGUUCUGUCUCGUGCUUUGAGCAUCCUUUUCUAACUAAAAUCCGGUAAGUAAACAAGUAGCUUUCUUUCAUUAGUUUCUUAAGCUUCUUUUUCCUCCUUUAAAAAACCUCAAUUUUCCUCUAUUCAUCUCGUCGUAUCACUCUCUGUACACAGUAGUCAGUUUUAUGAUGCUGCGCAUUCCUGUGUUUUUCCUGGUGUGACUUUCACUUCUUGUACACGCUGUAUAAUCGUCAGGAAUGCACUAUAAUUGUUCUUCCCGUGUGACUGUGGCUCUAUUCUAUCGCCCUGUUUUGGCUCACUUGAUCUAUCCGUCUGUCUUGUCUUGUCUUUGCCCGUUUUUCCGUUAGAAUUUCAGCUCAAUUUGCAAUUAUUUUUAAAUCAUGCGCACCGGCACUCAAAAAACACCUCCCUUGGUUCAUCCAUCCGAUCCGAUGUGGUCUUACGAUUGUCUGUCCGUCCGUCCGUCCGUCCGUCUGCUUGCCUGCCUGCCUGCCUGCCUGCCUGCCUGCUGUUUGUGUGUCAUUGUAAUGUGUCGCUCUAUUUGUCGCUCUGUCUCUGUAAUAGAUCGUGCUAGGGGGAAAGCGAUGAAUCCGUCUCGUGGUUUCGCAUCCAAACAUAGAAUUCCCCUAAGGGAAUGCAUUUAAUUUUCACGCAUUUGCUAGACCGUUUUAUGAUGCGAUGAAAUACCGGCGCUCGCACGUGGACGCGUCCAUCAUACGCACCCUGCUUUCGCUCCGGGCCGUGAAUCAACCGCUCGAAAGGUCCGUUUUGUGUGCGGGGUUUUGUUCUUUCAAUUUCAUUUCCUUUGGACUCGCAAAACUCCACAUGGCACGGGGGUUCGAUCCCCGAGUCUUAUCUUAUCUCGCUUCUCCGCGAGGUCUCUUCGCCAGAGUAUAGAGUAAAUACAAACAGUGCCCGUAUACACAUGAUGGGCGUACGUGUAACAUGUACAUCCGCGAGAGCGAGUGCGCGCGCGUGAAAGGUACAAUUAUCAGCAUUAUCAGGCCUCGCGGGGUCGUCGCGAUCGUACGCGCUUCGAAACGACAACGACGAGGGCGCAACAUCACCAACACCACCAGCAACGGCUAAGAAGGUUUCCGUGUGUGUUUGUACUUGUUUUGCUGUGCGCCCCAUGUUUACACAGUCUGUAUUUGAGCAGUGCGGCACAGGAAUCGCUGACGAAAUGAAAUGUGGCACCGAAAUGCUGUUGGACGACCCCGGGGGGGUUCGAGACUGGUAGAUUUUGAGAGGGGGCGUAACAGAGGUCCCAAAAAAAAAGUUAGCGUUUAGGAGGGUACCUGAUGGCAGGAGGAGUCGUCGAGAUCGAUGACAGUUGCAGUUUCACAAAAGCCACUGAAUCAUUCAUCUCCUCCCGGUGUGGUAGCAAAGGCCACCAUUCAACACUCUACCACAGCACAUACCACUGCCGAACAGAAGCAGAAGCAGCAGUCCGCUGCCAAUAAGGAUCAUGACAGUGCGGAAAAAUAAUCUGCUUCUUCGUACGCCGUCCGCUGCCAACCGCGCGUUCUCUACCAGCACGCGGAAAAAAGCGGAAUAAGAGCACCGCGAUCGCGCGUUAUCUGCCCGCAAAGUGUGUAUCUCCCGGGUACCAAGAGCGCACCUAAGGAAGAAGUCGGUCACUCAACAAGUGUUUCCCCGUGUCGGUGCAAUAGAAGCGUAAAGUCGUGUGCUGUGUAUGUUGCGCACACAGCAAGUGUGCGUGUGUACCGAGUGAGGUGUCCGAGGUGUGUGUGCAAUUAGAAGAAGAGAGGCACCAAAUAAAAAAGAGAAGAAAAAAGUUAAGAAAAAUCGCUUCCGCUAGCCUAUCCGUUUGACGAAAGAAGGAAAAAAGUUUGAAGGCUUUUUGUCGGUGUGUGUGUGCGUGUUUGUUUGUGCCCAAUAUCCGUGUGUUCGUAGUGUGAUAUAAGUGUACAAGUGUGCCCGUCGAUCCGUUUCCGAAGCGUCCCAACCGUUUUGGGGAAAAUUUUGGUUAUUGCUUCUCUGUCUGUGUCCGUGUGUGUGUGUGUUGUGAUUCAGGUGUGUGCGUGACACAUAUUCGCUCAAUUUCUACUUCCGGUGCUGCGUGUUAGUCCCUGCCAAUACCCCUUCCCCACCCCCAUUGUAGUGUUGCGGAAGGAAGUGUUCUCCUCCGCGACAUUCCCACUCACGGCAGCAUCGUGUUAUCGCCACCACUAGCCCGGGAGGCAUCCACCGGCGUCCGGUUCGGUGUACCGUUGAUAUCCGCCACGAUGCUCAAUUCGCUCGAGACGCUCGCGGGCAAGAUUUCGCCCGGCUCGGGCAAGAAUUCACCCUCCGCCCCGAACGGGGCCACCACGGGCGGCGGUGAGCUGAUCGACAGCAACGGUAACAACAAGCUGCUCAGUGGAUACCAUCUGCGGACCAAGCUACCGUACCAGAAGCCCGGUCUCAGCAACAACAACAACAACUGCAACGUCGUCAACAAUACACCGGCCGCGGCAGGCAUUGUGCCGGGUGGUGGUGUACCGCUGCCGGUCGGGUUGCUCAGUCCGCAGGCGGUAGCGAUGCUCGGGGUCAGCAGUAUUGCCACCAGCAACACCAACGGCAACAAUGGCAGCAGUAGCAACCUGAGUCCGACCGCCGCAUCCACCGUAGCCACCGCCAACAGUCAUCGAACGGCGAACGGGACCAGCGACGCGAUGAUCGUGGACGACGUGCAGAUGAUGGGCGUAUCGGCGAAGGAAAAUGCCAUCAUGAACAUGACCAACACCGCCAGCAGCAUCGUCAGUGCGAACGUCACCAGCAUGAACCUCAACAGCCCCGGCAGCAACAACAAUAACAAUCAUACGCUGAACAACAACAAUCCCAAGGUGAUAAACAACAACACGGCGAUCGUGGACGGGUCCGGCAAGGUGUCACCGUGCCAGGAGCAGGACGAGGAGGUGGUCGGCGACCAGCCCGACCCGGACUACAUCAAGAUGUUCGUCGGGCAGGUGCCCCGGUCGAUGGACGAGCAGCAGCUGAAGGAGAUGUUCGAGGAGUUCGGGCGCGUUCACCAGAUCAACGUGCUGCGGGACAAAACGUCCGGUCAGAGCAAGGGGUGCUGUUUUGUGACUUUUUACACUCGUAAGGCAGCUCUCAAGGCGCAGGACGCGCUGCACAACAUCAAGACGCUCGUCGGGAUGCACCAUCCGAUCCAGAUGAAGCCGGCAGACAGCGAGAAUCGAAAUGAACGCAAGCUGUUCGUCGGUAUGCUUAGCAAAAAAUAUAACGAGAACGAUGUUCGACAGCUGUUCUCGGGCCAUGGCACCAUCGAGGAGUGUACGGUACUGCGUGACCCGUCCGGGCAGAGUAAAGGCUGUGCUUUCGUAACAUUCGCAACCAAACAGUCCGCGAUCGGUGCAAUUAAGCAUCUACACCAGAGCAAAACGAUGGAAGGCUGCUCGGCACCGCUGGUGGUAAAGUUUGCCGACACGCAGAAGGAAAAGGAUGCCAAACGGAUGCAACAGAUGCACUCGAACCUGUGGAAUAUGACCGGUAUCAAUCAGCCGAUCACCCAAUCGGUAACGCCCCUGACCGCAUCCGCCCAUCCGAACCCACCGCAGCAGCAGACACCGUUCCUGGCCGCCGAUGCGAUCUCCCCACCGCUGACGCUGCUCCAGCAGCUGCAAGCCGUCGCACAGCAGCAGCAUCUUCUGCAAGGACUUAGCGCCCAGACUGAUACGACCUCCGCCGCCGCCGCAAGCCUUCUCGCUCCGAUCUCCUUGCAGAAUCUGGUGACGCUAGCCGGUAUAACGCAACCGUCGCUGCAAACUGCCGCCGCAGCAGCUGCACAGACACCGGCCACCGCCAUCAGCAAUGCAGCGACCUCUUUGUCCGGUCUGUUAGGGAAAACAGCAACGUCAGGGACUACCGGUGCUGAUACAGCUACCAGCCUGACUUCGUACGCCGCCUUACCGCAGUUUGGCGCAGCCGCAGCCACUGCAGCAGCAUUCACCCCGACGCCUUUAACCACGCCGACGCUAGCGCAAGCGGUGGCUGCCGCCGCCGGAAAGCAGAUUGAAGGACCGGAGGGUUGCAAUCUGUUCAUCUACCACCUGCCGCAGGAGUUCACCGACACCGAUCUGGCGUCGACGUUCCUGCCGUUCGGUACCGUCGUGUCGGCGAAGGUGUUCAUCGACAAGCAGACGAACCUGUCGAAGUGCUUCGGUUUCGUGUCGUUCGACAACGUGUCGUCGGCGCAGGCCGCCAUACAGGCGAUGCACGGGUUCCAGAUCGGUACCAAGCGGCUGAAGGUGCAGCUCAAGCGGUCGAAGGACGCGUCCAAACCGUACUAGGAUUUGGGGCAGCUGGCGGCGACAGUGAAUGCGCAGUUGCUCAAGUACUGCGCGGCUGCCGUCGCCACCGCCACCGCCACCAUCAUCGCAAGCGCAACAAUCAACCGCGGCGGGCCGAUUAAUGGUGAGGCCGGCGGGAACAAACACACCACCACCACCACCACCACCAGCAGCAGCAGCAGCAGCAGCUUUGUCACCGCAAAUAACCUCAAAUUUACCACCAGCACCAACCGGGAUCACAACACGUCGAGCGUCACAAGUAAGUCGUGAAGAAGACACGUGCGCGCGCAGGUGGAUCGACGCAGCAACAGUACACCGACAGUUCUAAGACGAGACGCCACUAUUGUGCCCUAUAUAGCGUACCUACCUACUACCGCUACUACAACAAACCGGACGCAAAGUCGACACUAAGCUACAGCCAGCAGCAGCCGCUGUAUACUCUUAACAAGCAGAAUGUAUCGUAUAAGUUUCGGUUAUUUCGGUUUGCACGUACACGGGGUGUUUAGGUUGAUGUUUAAUCCACGGAAGAAAAAAAAAGCAGAAAAGGAUAGGUCUCUGAGACACCGGUAGGAUUAAGUUUUGAUGUCCACACCUGCUAGCUGGUAGGGAAGUGGAAGGCACUACUAAGCUGUCUGAUGCGUGGCGUUGCGAUUUUGGGUGGCGUUUGAGGUUAGGUUUUGAACUGAUUUUCUGUCACGUUAUGGUAGUGGCCAUUUUACUUUCUUUACUCGUUACACUCACUCACUUACAUUUUACAUCUUAAAUGUUCUUUUUUUUGGUUUGCGUUGAGCGUUUUUUUUUCUUUUAUUCAUUCUUUUACCUUCUUUUACUACAUUACUACAUUAUAUUCUGCUUUGUUUUGCAUUGAUUUAUCCUUCGAUUGGAUGUUUUUCCUUUGUUUUGGUAUUGAUUGUUGUUUGCUCCAUCCUGCUGUUUUUCUUUUAUUAGUAACACAGUUUUGCCUUUUUUUGUAUAAUUUUACGAUCGGAGCACGAUGAAGUAGAUGAAAAAAAGAACAUCUACUUCGAUUAAGAUACUGACCGUUUUUUAUGAGAGCGCGGUGUAUAAAGUCUGUUGAAAAAUUGUAAUCGUAAACACGACCAAGCUGUUGGUUCUUGCAAGUUUUACAGAUUUUUCAUUUCGCAUUGGAAAAUGCUUUUCAAUUUAAGUUUUUGCUUUGGUAGACAUUAAGAACAGCAGCAGCAGCGGCAGCGAGAAGAGCGAUUUGCGUGUUUAAUUGUUCAAUGUUGGUGCGCUUCUUCACCACGUGGUUGAAGGCGCUUGAUGAACAGAGCGUGAUUUUUUGGUGUUCAAUGCUCUUGAACCGAUUUUGUUUUGUUUUGUUGUUGCAUUCACUUACACACACACACACGCGUUAAACGUUUUUCAUUGUUCAAUGUUUCUUUAGACAUUAAAAAAAAAAUGCAACAAAACGCGCUCAAGCAAAUGGCAUCCGACAACAGUACUUUAUACACCAAAACGUUACUUACAAUUUAAUUCAUUUGAUUUCGCUUUCAUUUUCGUGCUAAGUUUGCUUUUUACUUGAUAAAAUUUCCAAAACAAACAAAAAACAACCAUACUUUUUCCUUCUCUUCGAAAGAGAAGUCUAUUGUUUUUACUACUCACACCUCACACCGGAAAUGUGUGUAUCGUUUAGCGAGUUUUAAGCGUUUUGUUUUCCAUUCUUUUUUCAUUCAAUUUUUUUUUGCAUAUCUUUCUCAUUUAAACUUUAACUCAUUUACGUUAUACAUGGGCGCCCACAUGUUGAGAGGAGCGUGAAGCAAAGAACUAUAGUUCUAUAACUUAUGUCAUGUAAAAUGCCUCCCGAGAUUUGUUCAACGGUUAGUGCAGGAGAGGAACAGGCGUUAAGCACACAUACACGCACACGCGUUUUUUUUUGUCCAGUACAUCCUUCUGUAUCAGUGUGUUCCUAUUGUCAAUCAUCGCACCUGUAGAGGAAUUAGAAUUUUGCGUAUGUGAGUGGACAGCUCUGUGUGUGUGUGUUGAUGUAUCAGCGAAGAAUCAGCGUUUGUUCGAUGUGUUUCCCUACUCUUACCGCCCCUCGGUAUGUGUGGAAAGUGGUUUCAUUGGUGUGUCUGUGUCUGUAUGUAUGGCGUAUCUGUGGAUCCCAUUGUACCCCGAGACCGACCACAAACGGCUGUAUCUCGAACCGGCGACAGGCCAACCACUGCUUCUGCUCCACCAACAACAAUCAAUAUUUGUUCAGGAAACGUGGCUGCUCUGUAGGAAGGAGAAAAAAACGAACACCGAUAUGUUGUGUGUUAUUGCGUAUUACAUGUAUAACUACUAUUUAUGUACAAUCAGAAUUAAAUGUCAUUUAUUCAUCCAUCUGCAGCUCGUUUCGUCACAUUUCCGACCCGACACGUGAUCGUGACUUUGUCUGUCCCCCCAAAAAAAAAAAAAAACGCCUCAAGCACUGUCUGUGUAAUGGACGCCAGGAGAUCGAUCGAUGUAGCUCCGGGAGGGUUGCUGUGAAUGCUUUGCCAAAAACCACCACCAGUCAGAUCGCACGCGCAUCGUCGUCGUGUUGAAUAUGGUUGAUAAUUAUUAUAAUUUCAAAUUACAGGCGUAAUUAGAUAAAUUGAUAGAGGAGGAGGACAGUGAGGGAGUGGGCCGCCAGAGUCCGAUAACCACAAAUGACAUCCCGACCGUUGACCAACUUCGAUUGCCACAUUCGGUAUAAUCAGCUUCGGUUCGGUUUUAGCUCAUAUUUCAAAACCCGCGUGACCAACACCAACACCACGAACCCGGUUCGCCAAAACGCAGCGCAGCGGUUAAAAGCGUGUGUGUGUGUGUGUGUGGUGAUGAAUUUGUUGUAUGGCCUCUCUGGUGUGCACGUCAUCUGAUCUCUGAUCUGUAUCGGGGCUGCUAGUGUGCUGCCAAAGGAUAUUCAUAUUCAUCCACCUCAAACAGCAUCCGAGAUAGCAAAAGGGUGAGCAACAGGCCAGGCAGAGAGGGGCUUGCUAAAUCCGGAACAAAAUUUUCACUGUAAUUAGUUGGCUGUUGGCCGUUGCAUACACACACACACACACACACAUACCCGCAACAUACGCAACAUCCGGUCGGUAUCAAUUUUCAUUAACGCGAAAUUAGCGCGAAUAUGAGUAAUGUGUGGAACAGUGGCGAGCUGUGGUUUUGUUUGUUGUCGGAAGCUUGUGUUGUCACCCGGCGAAAGGUGGUCCUGCCUGCAUCAUCUUAGACACCACCACCAGACACGGGAAACGCGUGAGCCAAUUAAAUUCAAAGCAACAACGUGCAAACACAAUAGCUCCAUCACCAAGCCGAAGGAAAUUGAGGUCAAAUCGGGUCGACAAAGACGAACUCGCUGACGCGAUGACCCGAUGGAUGGGGGGACUUGAGGGUUACAGUUACAGGAGGCUUCAAUUUGAACAACACCCACACACACACACACACACGUGCGCCUUUGUCACCUGCGGACAACCACGGUCAAAAUACACGCGGGGGUAAUAAUUUCCCUACGCGAGGUGUGAAUGUGCGAGCGAUAGGGCAGCGAGAGCGAGCGUGAUAGUUACCUCUAAUUUAAACUCCCAUUGAUUAUGAUUAAUUAUUUAAUUAUGUAAAUCCGACAAACCAAACGCAACCGCCGACACACGUUUGUGGAUUCGGUCCCUUCGAGCGGCAAAUAAGGUGAUAAGGAAGUGCGGUGCAUAGGCGCUACAAACCGGCGCCUACAACAAACUUUACGGUGGGUUGUCGUUGCCCUAAACCUUCAGCACGCGGCGGCGUCGGGUUGAUUAGGUGUUAAGUUUUGGCAUCACAUUCAAUUAGCUACCCCGGUUGUGGGUGGUAGCGAUGGAAAUUGGAUCCUUGCCCCGAGAAUGCCUUUGAGAUCCGAAAGUGAACCAUCUCCUCCCAUCAAGGGUGCAGUGGCGAAAUAGUGGGUUCGUGUGUGUGUGUGUGUGCGUGUCACGGUUACUCAAACUCGUUAACAUUUUAGCACAUCGCAAGGUGCAGCAGACCCAUAGGUUUGCCAUAUGGUGCAACUUUCUAUUACAGAUUUUCAAUAUCCAUCUUUUUUAUUUUUUUUUAAUAUUUUUUGUUUUUAGAAGAUAUGUAAUACGGCCAAGAAGUUUAUAUGCUAAGAAAAUAUCACCAGUCGUAAAAAAAUGUCUAAAUUAUCCAGAAGCUCAGUAAAUCGGAUUCGGUAGGCUACAACAGUGCUGUUUCUUGAGGAUGUUUUGGAUGAGUCGCCAUUUUGUUCCAAUUAAUCGUCCUCUGAGAGAGGAACAAAGAGAUAUAUCUUGGUGGACAGCUUUGGCAGCCAUUUAGUUUCCAUCCAGCAAGGAAGUUAGUAUCCAAUAUCCAUUUUUUCAAUGAUCAAUCCUGAAAAUGAUUAUACAAAUAUGGCAACCCUGGUUCCCUUGGGUCGAUCGAUCCAUAAAUUGGAGCUUCUUACUUUCACCUUCCUAGAGUUGUCUUCAGGAGGCAACUCAAUACCGUCCGUCUGCUUGCUUGCUUUCGAUUCAUUCAAUUCGUGUGCUCUAUUGGGCGGCAUGGCAUAGGUUUCUUUCCAUUAUCAGUUUUAAAAAAAUGCGAACAAAUCAAUCCACAACCACCAAUAAUGACUGAAUAAUAUUAACCGCAAAAGGGGUUAAUGAGGCGCUAAUCCCAAGCCCAUGGUUUUUGCGCCACUUGUUAACAGUGGGUGGUGGUGGGGUCGAAUUCGGUGAUGAGGGAGCGUGUGAAAAAGCAAACCUGUCCCCGUGUGUGUGCGUGUGUUUGUAGCUGUUAAAUGUAGGAUAAACCAAUUUUUGGGCAAUAGAGCCUUGCCGAACGAACGAGUACACGACGAGCACCGAGAAAACCUAGAGAGCCAGUAAUCGCUGUACGCAAACGGCCCCGUGCUUUACGCGUGAUUCGGAUGUGUGUGUGUGUGUGUGUAGAGUGAAUGUUAAUGAAUUUCAUCGUCAUUAAAAAAAUGCCAUCAUUCAAACAAACUCCCCUUCCCCGUCAUUCUUCAAUGUACAGUGUAAAGAAUACCAUUGCAUCCGUGGCAAGUGCAAUUCGGGGAUGAAAAGCAAAACGGCAAAGAGGGGAAAAAAAGCACGGCAGAAAACCAAAUGUUUUUGUAUAAUUAUAUUCUAAACUCGUAACGGUAAGAGUUGCUUUCCGUUCCGUCGACGUCAAGGAAAGGCCACGUGUGUGGACAAUUUCAGUGCGGAAACGGUGGCUUAUCGAGCGAAAGCACUUAUUUAAAUAGCCCAAAACAAAACUAAUUAAUAGGUCAUAAUUGUUUACACACCUUUCACCUUCUUGUCUCUCGUUACUUUUAUUAUCGUUUUUUUCUUGUUUUGUUUUUUUUUCGUGUUAUUUCAUCGUUUUUGUUUUUUUUUUGUGCAGAACUGUUUUCACCAUCGUCGUGUUAGAUGCUUUCACAAUGUUUCUUUUAAUUUUCUUCUCAUUCUCACUUACUAUUAUUAUUGUAACAGCCUGUGUAAUAAAAAAAAGAUAAAUAGUUAGGGUAGUUUAGUGUAGUUGUGCUCAGGCAAAACAAACAAAGGCGAGAGAAGGCGAAACAGUCCACCACAAUCGCGUCGUGUCGUCGUUGUGCACCUAGUAUGUUGGUGCUUUGUAAUGUAUGUAACGGAACCUUGUUCUAUUGGUGUGUGCGUAUGAGCUGUAUCGAAGGGUGGGGAUUCAAAACGGAUAGCGAAUGUAAUAAUACACACACAGGAAGGAGGAAAAUUAGAUUAUGGAACAAAAAUAUCUCGUGGCAGCAAAAAACUAAAAAAAGGUGGGCAAGAAAGGGAAAGAAAAACUUUAUGUAAAAAAAAAAGGAACAAGAUUUAAGAAAAUGUGUGUGUUAGUGCUUUCGUGAGGGGUUUUUUUUUUCGGAGGGAAAAACCAACACAAAUAACAGACCCACAGGGAAAGUUAAAAAUUCAUAAAUCAAUUUUGCCCUUCCCCGAGUGGUUUAAGAAAAAAGGUGUCCGUAUUGUAGAAAGCGAAAGGAAGAAAAAGAAACAACACACACGAAGAAAAUGGGAUAAGAGAAAUACUAAAUGUGCCAGUUUAUAGAAAAAUGUAAAAUGAAAAAUGGGAGAGCAGCGAAAAAAAA